CGGGGCACGGCGGGUGAGGCCGGCGGGGCCGGCGGGGCUGCAGCGCGGAGGGCGCCGGGCCCGGGCAGGAGCGCGGGGGCGGGGAACGGGAACGCUGCGUGCCGCCACCGCUUCGCCCCGGGCACCGCUUCGCCCCGGGAGCCGUGGGUCAGCCGAGUGGGCGGGCAGUGUGACCUGUCAGGGCCGGGAGAUGUCAACCCCGCCUCUGGCCGGGGCAGGGAUGCCGCCCGGCGCCUUCUCCGGGACUCAGGCUCAGGCUGCCAGGGAGGUGAACACGGCUUCCCUCUGCCGCAUCGGCCAGGAGACCGUGCAGGACAUUGUUUUUCGAACCAUGGAAAUCUUCCAGCUGCUGAGGAACAUGCAGUUACCAAAUGGUGUUACGUAUCAUACUGCAACAUAUCAAGACAGACUGGCAAAGCUGCAGGAACAUCUCCGUCAGCUAUCAAUACUCUUCAGAAAACUGAGAUUAGUCUAUGACAAAUGUAAUGAAAACUGUGCUGGGCUCGAUCCUGUUCCCAUAGAACAACUUAUUCCAUAUGUUGAAGAAGAUGGCUCCAAGCAUGAUGAUCGUGGUGCUGCAAGUCAGCUUCGAUUUGCUAGUGAAGAGAGAAGGGAAAUCAUGGAAGUAAAUAAGAAACUGAAACAGAAGAAUCAGCAGCUGAAGCAGAUCAUGGAUCAGUUACGAAAUCUUAUUUGGGACAUAAAUGCCAUGUUGGCAAUGAGGAACUGAACAACGAGAAUCAAUUUUUGUAACUGAAGAAGAUACAAAUCUGUUUGGAUAUACUUAACUUUCUUCUAAGAAGUAACAUGUUUUUCCACAAUUAUAUUGCAGUAAUGUUUGAAAAGUCUCAAAGAUUAAAAUGUUGGGUCAUUUUCUAGUAAUGUAAAUGGUGUUGGGUUUGUUUUUGUAGAAGAUUCAUUGUGUAAGUUUUACCCGUGCAAUUCUGCUGUACAGCCUCAGUAAUUUACAGUAGUAGUUUGGAUUGCUAUGCAGAUAGGGGGUUUUAUAAAUUAAGUUUUUCUGGAUUUUCUUUAUAAUACAAUUAAAAAUUAUAAAAACAUGUGUUUAUAUGCAGUUUUUUCUGCAGUGCAAAUGCCUCUACAGAGAGGAAAACUUGCAAGACAGGAAAGUUACUCCAGAAAGCUAGAGGGCUGAAAUCAGCAAUCAGAUACUGCAAUUCAGUCUGCAGUAUUUUUUAUAUUGUCUGCAGUGCAGAGCAGAGCAGGACAAUCCCCUCCCUUGCCCAGUGAUGCUGUGCCUGAUGCCCCCAAGGACAGGGUUGGCCCUGCUGGCUGCCAGGGCACUGUUAGCUCAUGUUCAACUUGCCAUUGUCCAGGACCCCUAGGUCCUUUUCUACAGUGCUGCUCUCCAGCCUCUCAUUCCCCAGUCCAUGCACACAGCUAGGGCUGCCCCAUCCCAGGUGCAGAAUCUGGCACUUGCCCUUGUUAAACUUCACAGAGUUGGAGAUUGCCAAGCCCUUUAAUUUGUGGAGGUCUCUCUGCAGGGCCUUUCUGACCCCAAGGCAGUUGACAGCUCCUCCAAGUUCAGUGUCAUCCACAAACUUACUUCGUAUUCCUUCCAGUCCUGCAUUGAAGAGCAAAGGGCCAAGGAUGGAGCCCUACAGAACCCCACCAGUCUGAUGUGCCCCAUUAACUGUAAGGCUGUUUGCCCAACCCAUUAGUCAGUUGCUUACCUGUCAUGUAACUCAGUUAUCCAGCUGUGUGCUGGACAUUUUGUCCAGAAGGCUUCUGUGAGAGACGUUAUCCAAAAGCAUUGCUGAAGUCUGAAAAUAUCACAUCUGCUGGCUUUCCUAGAUCACUUAGGUGGGUUACGCUGUUGUAGAAGGAAAUCAGGUUCAUCAAGCAGGACUUGCCCCUCAUGAAGUAAUGCUGGCUCUGAACAACUGUGGCUGGUGGUGUAUUUCUGUAUUUAUGUAUGGUUGGAAUACUUUGGUUUUGUUUACCAGAAUUCACUGAAUAAAGACCUCAUUAAUCUUUUCCGUA